CUGUGUGGUCAGUGCAUGUAUCUGCAUUAGUGCUUCCCUCUAGUGGUUACUGUUGGAACAGAAGCUUUGGAAGACACUGAGCAGAGCUUUCCUCCUCGCCUCUCUCUCUCUCCCUCUCUCAUACAUAUACUCGCGUUCUUCCUCUCACUUUGUAACUGAGUUUGGGAAAACUAGGAGCUGGUGGAUGAAGGGUUUGAACAAACAAUUCGAGAGAUUAUAUCAGAUCUUCUUCGUGGGACAGGUUUUCAUCCAUGGUGCUUCUAACCAGACAGUCGUCAGUGAAUCUCGCAGACGGAACUCGUUUUUAACAGACUUGCCUUUUCUUUUGCCAUUGCAUUUAAAGUUUUGGGACCUAUAAAACUUAUUUUUUAUAACCAUUUUAGAACUUGGAUACUCCCGUUUGCUACCUAUUUUGCUUCCAACAGGGAAGGUAAUGAAUUUGGAAAGACUUAUCGACGACACAGACACAUCAUUUCUUUCCUUUGGGAAAAGCUAACAUCUUGUAUGCCUACUACACCUUUUUCAAAGUGUUUGGCUUGAAGUUAAAGAUUACAUGUCAUAGUGUACCAUUCCCAGUAUAAUAUUAUCCUCCUUUUUUGUGGAUGAUUCCAACUAUAGAGAGGUACUUUCUUGCUUUCUGAAUCUGGACCCUAAAAUAUAGGACCUCCCCCAAAUCGGAGCUAGCCCAAGCUAAUCACAUCAAAUACCAAGAUGAAUGAAAUCCAGGACCUAGCGUCUCCAGCGGCUGCCCUUUCCAUGGUCCCCACAGCCUGUGACUCCAAAGUAGAGCUCCGGGUGUCUUGCAAAGCUCUGUUGGAUCGGGACCCGUUAAACAAAUCCGACCCCAGUGUGAUCCUUUUGGUGCAGGCACAGGGACAGUGGACAGAGAUCGACAGGACUGAAGUUAUCAAGAGUAACCUGCACCCUGUGUUUUCCAAAGUCUUCACGCUGGACUAUUACUUUGAGGAGGUCCAGAAGCUGCGGUUCGAAGUCUAUGACAUCCACGGGCAGUGCGCCAUCGGGACCCGCGAUGAUGACUUCCUGGGAGGCAUGGAGUGUACUGUCGGGCAGAUAGUGGCCCAGAAGAGAAUGACAAAGCCCCUCUUUCUGAAAUAUGGGAAAUACGCUGGGAAAUCCACUAUAACGAUUAUUGCAGAAGAAAUUUCUGGAAACAAUGGUUACGCUGAGCUUUCCUUCUGUGCAAAGAAGCUGGAUGAUAAGGAUCUCUUCAGUAAGUCGGAUCCCUUCCUAGAGAUUUACCGGAUCAAUGAAGAUGAGAGCGAGCAGCUUGUCCACAGAACUGAGGUUAUCAAGAAUAACCUGAACCCUGUCUGGGACUCCUUUAAAGUCUCGCUGAGCUCACUGUGCAGCUGCGACGAGAACAAGAAAUUGAAGUGUUUGGUGUGGGAUUAUGACUCCAGGGGAAAGCAUGACUUCAUCGGGGAGUUUUACACCACUUUCGGGGAAAUGCAGAAAAUUGUGGGUGGCGACACGGUCAGCUGGGACUGUGUAAACCCCAAGUACAAAAUCAAGAAGAAGAAUUACAAGAACUCUGGAGUGGUAAUUCUGAGCGAACUCAAACUUCACAGAGUGCACUCUUUCUUGGAUUUCAUCAUGGGGGGAUGCCAGAUACACUUCACAGUAGCUAUUGAUUUCACUGCCUCCAAUGGAGAUCCUCGUAACAGCUGCUCACUCCAUUACAUCAACCCCUACCAGCCCAAUGAGUAUCUGAAAGCCUUGGUUGCAGUAGGAGAGAUCUGCCAGGACUAUGACAGUGACAAGAAGUUUUCUGCUUUGGGCUUUGGCGCUAGAAUCCCUCCAAAUUAUGAGGUUUCUCAUGACUUUGCAAUUAAUUUCAACCCAGACGAUGAUGAAUGUGAAGAAAUCCAGGGGGUUGUGGAGGCCUACCAGAGCUGCCUGCCCAAAAUCCAGCUGUAUGGCCCAACCAACGUGGCCCCCAUCAUCAACAAGGUGGCAAAACUGGCAGCUGAGGAAGAGAAGAGCAAGGAUGCAUCUCAAUACCACAUCCUGCUGAUCCUGACGGACGGCGUUGUCACUGACAUGGCGGACACACGGGAAGCCAUCGUGCGGGCCUCCUACCAGCCCAUGUCAAUCAUCAUCGUGGGCGUGGGCAAUGCAGACUUCACAGACAUGCAGAUCCUGGACGGCGAUGACGGGGUCCUGCGUGCCCCCAAGGGAGAGCCUGUCCUCAGAGACAUUGUCCAGUUUGUCCCCUUCAGAGAAUUCAAGACGGCCUCCCCAGCAGCCCUGGCAAAGUGUGUGCUGGCAGAGGUGCCCAAACAGGUAGUGGAAUAUUACAGCCACAAGGCCUUCUCCCCUAAAUGCCCAAUGAUGGAUUCGCCAAUUUUGCCUGCCAACACCCCCGAAUAACUGGUGGGAAUACACACCAAAAAACCUAAUGUGAUUAUUGGAAAACAGUUUGGAAGGGUUGGGAGAGGGAUGGAGGGGAUUAGAGAUGGACAGAACUUCAUAAAACUGUUUACAACCUAACAGGAAACAACUGUCUACAUUCAUUCUCCAUGACGCCACAUUCCGGUGCACAAAUUACCUUUGUGUGUGUGUAAAUAUAAUAUAACACACAGUCUUAUUGGUUAUCCUAACUGGUUGUGCCUGCAUAGCAUGAAGACUUCUAAAGUAUUGGUCUUAAAUCACUCCCACUUGGUAAUGCAUGUGGAAAAGCAGGUUCUGUUUUCUCUGUUCCUGAAAUACCUCAUUGCCUUACAAGUGGACUGUGUUCUUAAAGCAGAUACCAAUUUUUCUAAGAUACUGCAAAACAAAAUAUUUUCGUCUCUGUUCUUUCUUUUGCUAAUCGAAGACCAAGUUUCUGAUGGAGCAAUUAACCAGGGCAAGGAGUGCAAGCUAUGGC